AUGAUUCCCACAAGCACUAAAAAGACGGUGCGACUUAGGAAUCUGCUGGAUGGGAAUCUUAGAAGCUCGCGGGCUAUUCCCACGGAAACUACGGAAUCUUCUGAGACUCUAAGCACUGAAAUCGAUGAAUGUGAACACUUCCACGAAAGCAUUGAAGACUCCUCAAUGAUCGAUUCGACGUUGACAGAAUCGAUAGAUAUAACUCAGGAUUCUUCGCCCCUGAAAUUCUCUGGAGAAAUGGAAACGCAUUGUCGUGUUAUACAAAGUCCAACGCCAACCGAAGACCCACUCGAUGUCAAGGGAAAUAGAAAUGGAAAUGGAACUAGAGUUGUAAACGAAACGUCCAAUAAGGAACCAAAAGUGAAUUUAAGGGCACUUUUGUGUGGGCGUAGCGACGAAAGGCCAAAAAAAACUACUACAAAGAUGUUGCCAUCGAAGGAAGAUGACGACGUGCAGGUAGUCAAAGUCAUGGACCCAACGAAAAAUCGCGACAGUCACGAACGUCUUAUGAAUUCACUGAAGAAUGCAAAAAAGACUACUCUCAAGUCUCUAUUUAGCAACUUUUCCCGUCCAGUUCAGAGUUCUACCGAUGAUGGUAAGCCAACAGAGGAAAUAGUCAACGAAUCAAACGGUUCUCUGAAACGUUACCACCAAAUAUCGGCUCUGGAUGAAGUAGCUCCUCCGCUGGGUGACCCUCGGGCUCCUAGUGCAGGGGAUAAGGAGUUCCAAUCACGCCAUGUAUCUCUCCCGCUUCGGAAACGCCCUAAAAUCGAGACUUCGUCGUUUCGACCAGAAGAAUAUUACUGUUUGAAAACUGGGAAGAGAGCUCAUUCAGAUAGACAGCAUUGCAUUAUAAACAGGCAUAAACGCUCGACAAAGACGGGUUCCACACACACAAUCACGAAUUUGUGGCCACAAGCAUUUGAACCCGAAAACUUGGAAGAAGUUCUCAUCAGGAAAGAGGUGAAAGACCAGGUUUCGGCAUGGCUUAUUGGAGCGUUCGAGAAAUUACGGAAAUUGACAACAAGGAAUAAGCUUCUCAAUAAAAAGGGUGAUAUUAGCAAUGAAUUUCAAGGAUUUAUUGUUGAUGACGAAGACGUUAAUGAAACUGUGGAUCAACGCGAAGAUUUUGUUCCAUUGCUCAUUGUCUAUGGUCCACAAGUUGGCAAGCACACUCUGUUGAAGAAAAUCGUAAACCCACCAUUUGGGCACCUAUUUGAGGUGAAUACUGCGGACAAUCGCAGCAAGAAAGAUGUGUUGGAGCAGCUAACUGAGUUUUCCACCUCGCAUUAUGUGAAAAAUAAAGGCUCAAAGGGUUUAAUUCUCUUGGACGACGUUGACGUUCUUUUCAAGGAAAGAGACAAACUGUUCUGGACGGCCGUCGAAAAACUGCUACUAAUUUCUAGAAGGCCGAUUGCGUUGACUUGCCGCAGUUUGAACAAUAUCCCGGACAACAUUGUGCGACUAGCAGAGGAAGAGUCUUCUCUUUUCUACGUGCCGGAAACGGACAUAGAAGAUGUUGUGUGUUACAUGAGAAAAUGUUGUCAAAAACAAAACAUUGAGGUCUCCGGUGAAGUUUUGGAACAAAUAGUGGCCGAUUGCGGUUCAGAUAUCCGACGAUGCCUUCUCCAAUUGCAGUGGGUCUGCUCGUCUGAUACUAUUUGCUUUAAGCUAAACUCGCAAGUGAUGCCCAUCAUCAAAGAUUUUAGGCAACAAGACUUUUUCCUUGAACUAGCUUCUGUCGGUGAUAUUGUCAACGCAAUUUCUCGAAAUAAGUCACAUUUUAGGCCUGACGCGGAUCCAACUCUCUCGUGCAUAGUCGAUCCAAAAGAUUUUAGUUUGUUGAGUGACGAAGAAAAGCUGCAAAACGACCAUUUAGUGGAUUGCCGGAAGGGUUUGCAUGACUCCAUUCAGCGACCUCAAGAGCCCUUCGAACUAAAUAUAGGCUCUAAUCUUCUUAACAAGACAUCUGCCGUAACUGAUUUAAUGGCUACGCAAACGGAUGACCAGUUCUUUAAUACCUUUGUGAGCGCAAUGUCGACAUAUCUAAACACCCGCGUUUCAAGCAGACUGCCUUCGGGGAUGGAUCAGUAUGCGUCAGCAAGGGUGACGAGGAAUGCAAGAAAAGUGCGAGAAAUUUUGAAUAGGUUUUCGGGCCAUGAAGUUAAUGGUGUAUAUGCGCAAGAGUCGUUUUUAACAGGAUUUAUGGCGCUAACAACUAGAAACACAAUUUUCUCAGAAGUUGGCCCCAUCAUGAGAGAAAUUGCCAAAGAAGAUCUUCAGAAAAAGGCUCAAAACAAACAGAUUUACGAGGCAGCAAUGGCUGGAGUUGAUCCGAGGGACGCAAAAGGAGUUAUCAAAAUGCUUCUUGAUAACCAUGCCUUUCACCCAAUUUGGUUCAAUGGAGAUCCAAGUGUGGUAAUAAACGCAUGGGAAACCCCAUAUAUUACAUAA